AUGAUGCUGACUGGUAAUAGAAGGAAGACAGUGAAGGAGUCUAGUUGUGUGGGGAACCGAAAACCACGCUGCGCCGUCGACGAUUUGAGCGGGAGCGUUCUUGGAGGAUUUACUGCUUUGGUAUCGGCAGCUGCUUUGAAGGAUCAAGUCAAGGGAGUAGUAUUGCUACAUUCUGUUGGAAAAUUUGGGGAUGCCAAUAGUGGAACCAAUGAUUCUGAAGAAACAGCCUUGCGGAUAUUCAUGGUAAAGCCACUGAAGGAAAUUUUUCAGCGUGUGGUUCUUGGAUUUUUGUUUUGGCAAGCCAUGGAAUUGGUGGUAGUUUGCAUAUGGCUGUUCAGGUGGUUAGUUUUUGAUAUAACCACUGUUAUCCUACCCAAGAUGGAGAAAUUGAGAGUUGAGAGCGAGUUCCUGUGGGUGGAAAUGUUGGUGUCUUGUUCGUCGGCAGCGGCAUUAUUGUUGGUAGUAGAGGUGGUGGUGGAAGUUAUGGAAUCACCAUCUGCGACGGUGAUGAUCGGAGUAAUUCCCAUUGUUCGGUGGUAA